AUGGAGACCGCACCCGCCAGCGAUGGAGAUGCCUGGAGCACGGCACACAUCGGCGGCAUCCCCUCGUCGCAAGGGCCACCCACAACACCAGGGUCACCCGCCGCGCCAGAUGCCGGCCGCGGGCAGGCACGGUCGGAAGGGCAACCCUCGGGGAGCCCGAGCGCUGGCACGAGGACGAGCACGAGGCGAAGGGGCAUCAGGCCAAGGCAUCCGCCUCACUUCCAGGCGCUGCUGGCUGCGACCGCGGGCGCCGUCGCUAUCUGGCUGCUGGACUUCGCCAUGACGGUCCUGCCGGUUCUGGACGGGAUCGACGGGCAGAGCAGGCAGGGCCGGUGUGCCGAGAACGACAAGCAGCUGGACCGCAACUGCCGGAUGAUCGUCGGGUUCUUUUGCAUCUUCCUCGGUGUCCGCGUUCUCUUGCACAGCCCUGGCGGCGCGCACCAGUGGGCGGAGUUGGGGCUCAUGGGGCCGCUCCGCCUCUACGUGUUCCAGCUGGCGGUCCACGGCCCGCUUUACAUCUUCUGCGUGACCUCGGCGCUGUUCGUGGCGCAGCUCAUGUCCACGAGCCAGUGCGAGGGAUACAACCCCGAGCUGUACAGAGGGGAGAGCGGGGACGGCGACUACUGUGCACAGGUCAUUUGCCCUCUGAGGAGGUUCUCCUUCCUCAGCUGCAUCGUGGGCAACUUCAGCGUGUCUCUCGUGUUCUGGAGGGCCCAGCCCCGGAGGGCGCCACCCGCACCCGUCAGCACCAGGGCGGCACCGGGCUACAUCGAGCAGAUCGCCGCGGUGCCCUACGAUGCCGCCCUCUUCGGAGACGAGCGGCCUGCGAGCGCCGGCCGGCCCAGGCGAUAUGCCGGGGAGUGCCCGAUCUGCCUCGGCGCGUGGGAGGCGGGCGACGACAUCAGAGUGCCGCCCUGCGGCCACGCGUUCCACAAGGAGUGCUUGGGCCAGUGGCUGCAGACCGACCGCACCUGUGCGCUUUGCCGGCGGGACGUCACGAUGCCCGGCGACGAUUUGGAGGCGGCCAGGCGACCAGAGGGAGUGCCCACCGGCACGGCAGCGGUCAUCGGGAGGAGCGCUGCGGAGCCAGGCGACAGCGAUGCUGAGGCCGCGCUUGAGCCCUCGGCAUCUCCAGCCGCACUGCGCGUUUGA